UACCAGUAACCAUAAAAGAAAAAUACGCUUACCAGAAAUAGGAACCGACCCGUCUGUUUUAGGAACCGGAACUGUACUUUCCCCGGCGGUUCCAACUCCAAAUACAUUGGGCCCGGUGACGCCAGCACGUUUGGCCACCCCUACCAACCGUUAUUUCUUCUCAGUUCCUCACUGGAAUAUUGGGUUUUUAGGGAUAAACCGAUAAAGCAAAAUUAAUCGAUCCGUGAUCCGCCAUCCAUCCGCAGUUCUUGACCUAUAAUUUGGUAACACGCAAUGAUGGCGAACUCACUUCGAUUGUACUUGACCUGCAUCCGGAACACCCUGGAAGCCGCAUUGUGCUUACAGAAUUUCCCCUGUCAGGAAGUUGAAAGGCACAAUAAACCGGAAGUUGAACUCAAUUUCCUGACUUCAUCUUGUUCAAAGAUUUUUGCUGUAACUGUAGUUUUGGGGAAACUGCUUCAGUGGAUGUCUCAAUUGUUGCUUUGUGGUUUUCAGGACGAGUCCGGAGCUUCUUCUGAAUCCUUAUGGCCAAUAGUCAAUGAAAACUUUGCCAUGAAAGAUCCAAGUUCUGAUGGCAUUCUACUAUUAGCGUUUAGAAAGGCUUGGGCAUUAUUAGUUUUCACCUUGGAAACUUGGCUUUACUUGGGAAGCAGUGGUUUCUUUUCCAAGUCAAGGGUGAUGCUCUAUAAUGUUAAGCAGGCAGAUGAACUUGAGAACAUACUUACAAAGAAAUUUCUCAGAUUUCUAUCUAUGAGAGCAGAGGCAUUUCAAGUAUUGAGGAGAAAACCAGUGCAGGGAUAUGAUAUCAGUUUUCUUAUCACUAAUUUUCAUUGUGAGGAGAUGCAGAAGCAAAAGCUUAUAGAUUUUAUUGUUCAGUUCAUGGAGGACAUUGACAAAGAGAUUAGCGAGCUGAAAAUGUCUGUCAACUCACGGGGGAGGCUCGUUGCUACAGAGUUCUUGAAGCAAUUCAUCUGAUGAAAAACGACUCCAAUUUCUUGAGUUGAAACUUCUGUAGAUGCUGCUAAUGACUCUUGAAAUAGUUUCACUGUACAAUCUGGUAAACUAGGUGCAGGUAAAAGUGUUUGUAGAGAAAUCAAACAUCAGAUAUCAUGAGACUACAAGUUACGCGAGAAUGUGAAGAGAUAAGAAGUUGGAUUUGGACUUUCUGUCGAUCGUUGUUGAAUUUUGGAGGCUAAUCCACAAUAUUUGAGAUUGAUACAUUUGCUUGGCUUCUUUUAAAAGCCAGAAAAUAAGAUUAUAUUGAAUGCCGAUUCUCAAAAACAUGCAAUACAUACAGUCACGAAACGAGUUCCCAAGCUUUACGCAUAAUGUCAUCAUCCACAAACGGCCUUAAAGACCACAUCUUGCAAUACGUCUCCAGCUCCCCAGACAACAAAGACUCGUAGCUUAGAGAGGACACUAUUCGGACUUGCAUUGCAUAAUCUUGUUUCACCAUACUGUACACGUAAGCCAUCAUGGCAGCUAAAUCAGCAACUUCAAGUUUCGUAAUUUGUUCUCCAUCGCUCAAAGUAAAAACAGGAUCCGAAUCGCAACUCAGAUCAUCCAGAAGGCCUUUGAGUUCAUUCACAACAAUUUUAGCUCGAUUAAUAUGGUCCUCAAGUCCAAGAUGGCACUCGUGCAACUUGCUGACAUUUUGUACACAGUUGUGACAGUUGACAUAUCCAGAUUCCACGUAGGACAAAAUUCUUCUUGAGUCGUGAGCUUUAAUAAUGCGCUCGACCAGUUUUGAUGUCUUGUUAAUGGACGGCUGUCUUAAAAACUCGAGAGCUUGCUGAAAGCCGAUGAGUAGAGUGCAACCGGUGGACAUGAGCUCUUCAAAUUGAGCAACUCUCGUCAUGAAUUCGGAGUAUACUUUGAUAAUUUUAUCCUUUGGUUCAAUAUCUCGGUAUUCUCCAUCUUGCAUUGUACACUCAAAUCUCAUUAAACAUGAAAUGAGUGGCGAAAAAUUAUAGGAUUGUAGACACUCCGCCUCUCUAUUUACUCUGCUCGGCGGUUGGCCGUAAAAGAUGAAGUCGGUUCCAGCUGCGUUUUAAAGGCCCAGGUUGAAAUGAUGUCGGCCCCGGUGACUGCUUGAAGGAUCCAUCAAUUGAAGUUUGAUUCCAAGCUGCGAUGAAGUCGGUCUGGACAAGUCAAAGUCGGAUUUUGGCAACUGAAAUCGGGUUUCGAGGUGAUUCGGGACGUUUCGAGGUCUCGUCUGAUAUCGUGGUUAUUGCAGGUGCAAAUCCGGACGGUGUUGGAAAUCGGGUGAGCCCGCUUGCCCGACUUGUGAUUUUUAUUCUUGUCCUCGAAGUGCCACAGUAGUAAUUUCUGAUUUGGUAAUUUUUGGGGUAUAUCGUUGAUUUGUUGUGUAUUUUUGGUAAAUCAAUCAAGAAAAAUUGAAGGGAAAAUCAAG